UAUCGAUCCAAGUACUGUACUUGUACUCAACCCCAGUUGAACACAUACACCUACUCUACUCGACAGACCACAACAAACCCAACCCCCCCAAAAUGACAGACCUCCACAAAAUCCCCCACACCACCCUCGCCGCCUGCGUCCACCGCAUCCUCACAGCCAACGGCGUCUCCGCCGCCGACGCGACCACCAUCGCCGACUGCCUGAUCGCCGCCGACCUGCGCGGGGUCGACACGCACGGCAGCAACCGGAUCCCGAGCUACAUGGCGCGGAUCCGACAGGGGGUGCUCGACCCGGGCGCGGUGCCCACCCUCACCCAGACAACGCCCGUCGCCGCGCAGGUCGACGGCCACAACGCCUUCGGGUUCGUGGCCGCGCACCUGGCCAUGACGCGGGCGAUCGCCAUGGCCCAGGAAUUCGGGGUGGGGCUCGUCUCCGUCAAGCACAGCAACCACUUCGGCAUGUCGGCGUGGCUGGUGCAGCAGGCCGUCGACGCCGGCCUGAUGAGCCUGGUCUUCACCAACUCCUCGCCCGCCCUGCCGGCCUGGGGCAGCCGCGAGAAACUCCUCGGCGUGUCGCCGAUCGCGUGCGGCGCGCCCGCCGGCGCCGCGCCCCCUUUUAUUCUCGAUAUGGCCCCGAGUGUCGCGGCGCGCGGCAAGAUCUACAAGGCGCUCCGCCGCGGCGAGUCCAUCCCCGAGGACUGGGCGCUCGAUGCCGACGGCAACCGCACCACCGAUCCGGCCAGGGCGCUGGACGGCGUCAUGCUGCCCAUGGGCGGGCCCAAGGGCUCCGCGCUCGCCAUCAUGAUGGAUGUCUUCUCCGGGGUGUUUUCGGGGAGCGCCUUCGCCGGGGAUGUGACCGGUCCGUAUGAUCCGACCCGUGAGGCGGAUGUGGGGCAUUUUAUUGUCGCUGUCAAGCCGGAUUUGUUUGUGGGGUUGGAGGAGUUCAAGGCGCGCAUGGAUCAUUUGUAUCAGCGCGUGGUUGGUGGGGAGAAGAUGCAGGGCGUGGACAGGAUUUAUUAUCCUGGGGAGAUUGAGUUGGAGAUGCGCGAGAGGAGGUUGGCGGAGGGGAUUCCGUUUGCGAAGGCGGAGAUUGAGGCGUUGAAUCGCGAGGCGGAGUUGGUCGGGGUCGAGGGGUUGACGGUGGAGUAAGUGGUAGUGGGAUGCUUUAGAUUGUGAUGAUGAAUGCGAGAAGGGAAUGGAUUCUGGGGUGUGAUUUGGAUGGUUUCGGUUUAUGUUCAAGAGGAAUUACUUUUCUUGUCUGCUCGCGAUUUGAGGGUGUUUCAGCCUGUGACUUGUCUUCAACACGCGACGACUCUGCUGUGUAUCUCUUCAACAAACUCUUCACGGUUGAUUCGAUGGUGCUGCUGUCGCUCUACCUAAGGCGAUUUCGCUGUCUGGUUCAUUUGUUACCUCGGCACAUGGCAAGGAUUGACCCUCCUCUAGGUCCAGUGCUAGACCUGAACCCUCACAAACUCUAGUUCGCUGUUGUGAGAGGUCUACAAAGCACGAU